AUGCUUUCCUAUGUGCUUCAAACCAAGCAGUUGAUAUAUGGAAUGUCACUGUGGGGCUACUCCAAGAUAGUAGUCCUGCUUGAGUCGAGGUCACGCAGCAUUUCAGACACGGCAGUUGCUGAACGUUUAGUCUCGAUUGUGAGAAUGUCUAACACUCAACAGACCGGCUUUGAGCAAGUUAUUUCAAUCAGAAUUUGCAACAAACUUGAUGCACAGACACACAGGAGGAACAAACAGGAAGCCGCUGAUGCCAUGACAAAGACUUCAGGCCGCUUCUGGCAGGUACUCAGCUCUUCUCUCUUAUUGUACUGGAGUCUUGCCCCGGCGAACGUUGUGACCAAAGCACCCCUGUUUCGCUUGAGCCGCUGCCAGCAGCAACUGCCUUCCUCUAUAGAUGUCUCCGCAGUGCGGCGGAAGUUCAUCCGCCUCAGCCAGGAACAAUUUCAUGAAGAGGAAGCUGAGCCUGUGGAGGAGCGAGCACGGACAAGGCAGAGAUUUGAGACAGUCGAGGAGUUUAGCAUUCUCUUCCAAGCCAAUGACAAGGACCUCGAGCAGUCUUCCAAGAGUGCUGAAGAAGUGUCCUUGUGGGCUAUGCACGAGCAGGCACUAGUCGAUGCGAUGGAGGAUGGAACUAUUUUUUGGCAGCCCCGCGUGACCGGGGACCUUGCGUGGAAGCGACUGAGGGACCAGGACCCAGAGAGCUUGGAACGCUUGGAACGUCAGGAGUCUCACCACGGAAGGAAGAGGAGAGGCAGAAGAAAGAUGGGGCAUUUGGGCAAGAAGAGAUAG